UAUAUAUGGAUGUUAUGAUGGGGUGAGUGAGAAACAAAAACAGAGAGAGAGAGAGAGAGAGAGAGAGAGAGAGAGAGAGAGGAGGAGAGGAGAAAAGAAAAGAAGCAUCUUCUAGGCUCUGCUUGCUUGCUUUGCCACUGCGAUUUCACACAGGAUUAAUAUGCCUCGUAAAGGGAAUUACGGAUUUGAUUAUGAUGAUUACGACGAUUAUGACUAUGACUAUGAUGUAGAAGAUCAAGUUGAAGCACCUGAGCCUAAGAAAAAAACGAGUAGUGAUAAGGUUCGGGUAUGGAGUUGCCCGAUUUGCACUUAUGAUAAUGAUGAGAGUAUGUCUGCAUGUGAUAUUUGCGGUGUUAUUCGAAGUUCUGUCCCUGGAAAACUCAAGGAUGACAAGGGAACAGUUGGCAUUAUAUGCAAAGAUUCUGGAGUAUCCAUUAUGGCCAAGUCUCUUUUUGCAUCAUUGCCACAUCGGACACCACAAAAGGCUGUAGUAGGUCAGCGGCGGAAUGAUGAUUUUGUGACAGAAGAGGGCAAUAACUUCCAAAAGCUUGGGAAUUUCCAAGGAAAAUUUGAUGAAUUCCAUAAGGCUUUUAGUCCCCAUAACUGCUCCCAUUUUGAUAUAGCUCCUUUCAAGUUUGAUUUCCCAUCUCCAGAUGACAUGGUUUCUAAUGGGUUACGAUCCUCCAAAAUUGGAUCUAAAGCCAACCUUAUUAACUCCAGAUCUCAAAAUGCAUCUGCUGGCAUUUCUGAGACUGUUAAAAGUUCAGAUAAAUCAUCUGCCUCAAUUCCAAAAGGCAAACAAGGCAGGCCUGGUGUUGAUGAGGGCAAUCAUAACAAGAAUGGUGUAGUUGACACUCAAUCAAGUGAGGAAAUUUCAGAUAGCACAUCUUCAUUGAUGCCAAAGGCCAAAGAUAAAAGUGUUGGUUAUAGCAGUUCUUCAAUAAAUGGGGGCAAGUCUCUUGGUCUUACAAGUAAUUUGAAUGACAUGUCUUUGUCUGAUAAAUCUGGAAACUCAAAUAAGGCUAGUGCCCAGAGGCCUAAGUCAUCUGCACAAUAUCAACCUGAUAAAUGGAUGCUCCCAGACAAAUCAGAAAAUGCUUUGACACAACUGAAUCUUGCUAUUGUUGGCCAUGUUGAUUCUGGCAAAUCAACACUCUCAGGUAGACUGCUACAUCUUUCGGGACGGAUAACCCAAAAAGAAAUGCACAAAUAUGAAAAGGAGGCCAAGUUACAGGGCAAGGGGUCAUUCGCUUAUGCUUGGGCAUUGGAUGAGAGUCCUGAAGAAAGGGAAAGGGGAAUAACUAUGACAGUCGCUGUUGCUUAUUUUGAUUCCAAAAAAUAUCAUGUUGUUGUGCUUGAUUCCCCAGGCCAUAAAGACUUUGUCCCAAACAUGAUAUCUGGUGCAACACAAGCCGAUGCUGCCAUCCUUGUUAUAGAUGCCUCCAUUGGGGGUUUUGAAGCUGGAAUGGACAGCAAAGGGCAAACUAAGGAACAUGCACGUCUUAUUAGAAGUUUUGGGGUUGACCAAAUCAUUGUCGCAGUUAACAAAAUGGACUCAGUAGAGUACUCCAAAGACCGAUUUGAUUUAAUUGGAACACAACUUGGAACAUUUCUUCGUUCUUGUGGAUUCAAGGAUUCCUUGGUGUCAUGGAUUCCGUUGAGUGCAGUGGAAAAUCAAAAUUUAGUUGCAGCUCCUUCUGAUGUUCGAUUAUCAUCCUGGUACCAUGGAUCUUAUCUGUUGGAUGCAAUUGAUUCUCUUCAGCCACUGAAGAGAGAUUUCUCAAAACCUCUUCUCAUGCCCAUAUGUGAUGUAGUUAAAUCGUCUUCACAAGGGCAGGUGUCAGCCUGCGGUAAACUAGAGGCUGGUGCUCUUCGGAGUGGAUUGAAGGUAUGCAUUAAGGUUUUAGUUAUGCCAUCAGGAGAUGUGGGGACAGUACGCACCCUAGAACGGGACUCUCAGAUUUGUGCGGUCGCAAGAGCAGGAGAUAAUGUGACUGUCAGUCUCCAAGGCAUUGAUGGAAGUAAUGUGAUGGCUGGGGGUGUUCUAUGUCAUCCUGACUUUCCUGUUGCAGUUGCAAAACAUUUUGAGCUGAAAGUGCUCGUCUUAGAUUUUUUGACAAUCCCAAUUGUCAUUGGCUCUCAAUUGGAAUUCCACAUACACCAUGCAAAGGAAGCUGCAAGAGUUAUUAAAAUAAUAUCAGUACUUGAUCCAAAGACCGGCAAGGUGUCAAAGAAGGCACCUCGCUGUCUUACCUCAAAGCAGAGUGCCAUAAUCGAGGUGGCUUUGGAUGGACCAGUUUGUGCGGAAGAGUUCACGAAUUGCAGGGCUCUUGGAAGGGCCUUUUUGAGAACAUUAGGGAAAACCAUUGCCGUCGGAAUUGUAACAAGGAUAAUUGAGGAUCAGGAAUAGCUAGCAACCAUGAGAGGAAGAAACCUCAGUGUUUGAGAGGUCUCAUUGCUAGAAUUCGCCACAUCUGGCGACAGGCUCUCGAGCAACCUCCCAAAACACAUGUAACAACUACACAGGGGGGCUUAAUCUUUGAGUUUUGAUGGAUCAUUUUGUCUGUGGGUUGCAUCAAUAUUUAUACAUCUGUAAAAAGGGCAGCCUCCUAUGUUGUAAUGUAAUUUUUUUUUAUUCUUUUCAAUGCAUCUCUCAUUAACAUAGGUCAAAUUUAA